UCGCAUGAAAUCUAUGAGGCCUUUAUUGGAGAUUUGAACGCCGCCACGACGUACGAAUUAGGUUUGAGCGGAACGACUGAUGCCAUCCUUGACUUGGGAGAGCUCGGCCAGAUCGAGAUCCAGGGGAUCAACCUUGACGUCAAGACUCCGCUUGAUGGUCUUCAAGGACUGAAAGUCAUCGAGUUCCUUAACCCACUCGGUAUGGGUUCAGGCGAGCAUAACGGCAUCCCAACCAUCGAUAUGACCGUACUCGUCAACAUCCAUAAUCCCAGUAAGCUCACACUCAACAUCGGAAACCUCGUGUUGAAUGGCGGUGUAAAUUACACGGAGGAAGGAUAUCUCGGUACCACAUCAAUCAAUAACUUGCAGCUGGUACCAGGGGACAAUCGAUAUGUUUCUCUGGCGUCGCUCAGCGUUCUUUCACCCAAUAUGGAGGAUUUCCUCAUGUCGGUCCUCAUGAGCGGCAAUGUUUCCACGCUGUAUCUGCAAGGAUUUUCUGAUUCGUCGAGCAACCCUGCUCUUUCAGCUGGAUUAAAGGAUCUUCGAAGCGAGAUUGGUAUUCCGCCAAACUUCAAAGUUCCAAAUGCUGGUUAUCCAUACCUCAACAACACAGUCAAGAUCAAGGUCCUGCCAACGACGGUGGACGACGGCUUGGUCGAGAUGUCGAUGGACUUCCGCAGUAUGUACUAUGGAGCCACGGUUCACUUUGAUGACGCCGUUGUUGACCGGGAUCGAUUCGAAGCUCCUUUCAGCAACGUCGCCCUUGCUGCCACCACCGGAGCUCCAGUACCAGUGUUUGCUUUCAUGAGCAACUUUCAGUUUUCCGUAGGCGGAAAUGACAUCAAGACCGUCACUUUCAAGGUCAAUUUUACCGAUGCGAUUGAACCUAGCAACCCUCUGAGUCGCGAUAAGUUAGUGGGGAUGGUAGAACGCUCUAAGUCGGGAUAUGUGAACAGUUCCAUCGACUUGUACCCGACUAUCCACUUCAAUAACGACCCGACACAAAUGAAUGUCGAUUGGACCUCGGGUACAUAUUUCCCUGAGACCGGCGGAAUCAUCCCUAUUCAGACUGGCCCAGACUUUGCCUUGCUUCUCAACUGGUGGGACAAGAACCAUCCAGAAGCGGCCGCGAUUUUGGACCCAGUUUCAUCCGUCACCACGACGGUAGCUGCCACCUCGCCGGCGACCGUCUCUCCGCUGCCUGUUGCGACGACCACAGCAUCAAACCCCACCCAAACGACGGCUGCACCCAGUUUUACGCCCUCGCCAAGCACAGCUCCCAUAACGCCAUAA